AUGGGUUACCCUCCUGCUCUCGGAUAUGACCCUGCCCGCGACGAGCCCGAGCUCUCGACUGCGGAGCAGCACCGUCUGCGUGUUAACAAGCGAGUUGAUCUUCCUCCUGAGGCUUUCCCUCACGUAAGUUCCCAGAUGCACCCUUUUGCGCAGCGACCCCAGCUAGGUACCCUAGGCAAGAAAGUCCAAUUGCGUGUGAACCAGUUCCGGCUGGUAGGCGUGCCAGCCUUCGACAUCUAUCAAUACGAUGUGUCCGUCACGCCGGAGCCCAAGAAGGCAGCCUUUUGUAACGCCGUGUGGAACACUCGACUUGCUCAGGAGCACAUUCGGAAGGCGGGCCCUCAUCCCUGGAUCUUUGACGGCCAGAAGAUUGCGUGGUCGCGCAACCCUUCUCCAGAGAUCCGAAUCCAGAUCAACAUGGAUGAGGAGCGCGGCCGGGCCCCAAAGGCUGGCCGGACCCCAGAUGUGGUCUACCUUGUCGUCAAGCGUACGACCACGGUGCGUCUGGACGCCCUUCGUGCCUAUCUCAAGGGACAGAUGGGCUGGGAUGACCACGUUCUGGAGUGCCUGAACUUCCUGGAUCACCUUUUCCGCGAGUGGCCCCGCCAGAACCUGGUUGCCAUAAAGCGAAACUUCUACUCCGACGAUGCCCCCGAGCGAUACCUAUUAGACGAUACUCACCGGCAUAUUGAAGCAAUAAAGGGUAUAUAUGCCUCCAUCCGUACUAACUCGUCCAUCAGAUCCGGAGGAAUGGGCCUGGGUAUCAACGUCGACGUUGCCAAUACUGCCUUCUGGAGUGGCGGCGCAACUUUCCUCGAGCUUUGCACGGCAUACCUGAGAUCUUCCCGCCGCGAGUACAUCCAGCUGCGCGAUUACGAUCUCGGCAAAGCCCUGGCGCCGGUGGAGUACCCCAACGGUCAGCUCGGCCAGUCGCCCAUGUGGAAGAUGCUUCGGCGCAUGUCGAAGCUGUCAUUCUCUGUCAAACACCGUGGCAAGAUGAACGACGUCAAGCCGUAUAAGAUCAAGGGCUUCGUUUGGGAUCUGAAGAAGUUCCCGCAGGGCGCGAAUGCCCGCAACUACAAGUUUGAGAAGGACGGACAGUCAAUCUCCGUUGAAGAGUACUUCCGGCAGCGCUACGAUAUCAAGCUCAAGGCCUGGUACAUGCCGCUAAUCGAGACCACCCGUGACGGGGUUUUCCCCAUGGAAACCAUUACCAUUGACAAGUUCCAACGAUAUAACUUCAAGCUUGAUGGCGAGCAGACGUCCAAGAUGAUCAAGUUCGCAGUUACCAAGCCUCCUGUGCGCCAGUCUGGUGUUAUGAACUGCGUCAAGACUCUCCGGUGGCGCGAAGACCCGUAUCUCAAAUCCUUUGGUAUCCAGAUCAAGGGUGAGAUGGAAGCCAUCGAGGCGCGGGUAUUGCCAAACCCGGUGAUUCAGUUUGCCAAGUCGUCAACGGAUCCCUCCACAUCUGGACGCUGGGACUUGCGAAAUCAGAUCUUCACGAUGCCCAACCCGCGCCCGCUCAAUGCCUGGGCUGUGGUCAUCGUGAAUAACUGCGUUCAGGAGCCGAGCGUUAAGAAUUUCAUCAGCACGUUUGUGAAAGUUUAUCGCGGUCACGGUGGCAAGGUCACAACCCCCUUUCCUCCUAUUAAGCCUCUGAAGUUGGUUCGCACUGAGGAGACAGGCAACAUGAUGGUGGAUAUCUACAACUCGGUCGGACGCCAGUUCCAGCAGUCCCCGGAUCUGAUCUUCUACAUUAUGCCGAGCAAGGACAUUGUUGCCUACGAGCGGCUCAAGAAGAGCAUGGAUGUUCGUGUUGGGACUCUAUCUCAGAUCGUGCUGGCGCCACACGUGAUGAAGGCGGCUCCGCAGUACUGCUCGAAUGUGGCGACCAAGGUCAAUGCCAAACUUGGUGGCUACACCUCGAAGCUGAAGGAGGGCGGGUUUUUCAAGGUCCCCACUAUGAUCCUCGGCGCCGAUAUUUCCCACGGUUCAUUCGGCCAGACGGGUAAUCUGCAAGCAUCCCUGGCCGCCAUCACCAUGUCUAUGGAUCCAGACGCCAUCACGUAUGCGGCCGGCUGUGAGACGAAUGGCUACCGGGUUGAGAUCAUGACCAAGGAUACUGUUCGGCGAAUCCUGCCACCCAUGGUAACCCGCUGGUGCCAAAAGAUGCGGACUGCCCCGCAGCAUGUCUUCUACUUCCGUGAUGGCGUGUCGGAAGGCGAGUUUCAACAGGUCCUCGACUACGAGAUCCAGGAGGUCCGUAGUAUCCUGCAGGAGGUUGGUCAGCGGAACCCCAAGAUCACAGUGAUCGUGGGUACAAAGCGGCACCACAUCCGAUUUUUCCCCAUCAAAGGCAGCGACGGUGACCGUAAUGGUAACCCUUUCCCCGGCACAGUGGUCGAGCGCGAGGUUACCCACCCCUUUCACUACGACUUCUACCUCAACUCCCACGUCGCCAUUCAGGGUACCGCCCGGCCCGUUCACUAUCAAGUUCUUGUCGACGAGGUUGGCAUGCCUGUCGACGCACUGCAGCGCAUGAUCUACCAUCAGUGCUACCAGUACGUCCGCUCGACCACACCAGUCUCUCUUCACCCCGCAAUCUACUACGCCCAUCUGGCCGCCGCCCGCGGUCGGGCUCACGAGGACAUCGACGCGUCAGAGAAGGAUCCUCAGAACAGACUGGAGGAGAUGCGUCUGCCGCUCGCGAAGCACGACAACAAGUCUGUUAACAGCAGCAAGAAACUCGAGAAAGCCCCAUACCUUAUGGAAAUCGGUGCCGACAAGAAGCUUGCCCGGGCCGACAACAUCAACUUCUUCAAGGGCACCAUGUGGUUUGUCUGA